CCGCUCUGCACUGGGCAGCCAAGCACGGCAAUGAAGAUGUGGUUAAGCUAAUUGCCGGCACCUAUAAGGCAGAUGUAAAUGCCAGAACGAACGGGGGAUACACACCCCUCCAUUUGGCCACCCAGUUUGGCAGAGACAACAUAUUUGAGUUACUCUGGAAUGUCUACAAGGCCAAUCGGGACAUCAUGGACUGGAGUGGCAACAAGCCACUGGACUACAGUCGCCAGCGGUCGAGUGUCUCGGCCUCGACGUGCAGCAAGAUUCAAGCGAUGCGAUUCAGCGGCGGACUCAACGGUACCUGGAGAAAUCAAGGCUCGCAAAAAGCAUGCAAUCGAAAAAGAUUUGGGCUUCCUGCGGAUUGGUUCGUUGAAUGUCCGGGUAAAGAAGACCACCGAGGCGUUCAGCAAUUUCUUGGGAGUGGGCAAUGGCAGUGGGGUGGCACCGACGGGCUAUGGCAGUGGCGGGGGAACUGGAACAGCAAGUCGCCAUCGGUCUCACCGAGCCCCUCAUCAGCGUCAUCAUCACCACGUUGGUACGACACGGAGUCGACAUCCGAAUCAGAGGGCAGCGAUGAGCACACCAUACGGAACGAACGGCGGCCUUCCGUCGAGGGCGAGUGUUCCCAAUAACCGGAAUAUCUAUGACGGAGUGCACAAGUCUUGGGGAUCGGCUGACAAUAUACCACAUCGAUCGGAAGAGCUAAUGCCACCGCCGAAAACCGUUGACUAUAUAAGCAAGCGAAAUAAGUCCUCUAAGCGAUCAUCCUACGCCUCGAAUGCAACCGAUUCGCCCCGUGAUUCUAUCUGCUCCUCGAACUCCAGUUCAAAUUUAAAUGGUGGAUAUAGCAGCAUGCCUACGACUCCAAAUCAGUUGCGUGCCCCUAAAGGUUUAGCACCAACCUUCGCCGUUGAUUCGGAUUCGGAUUCCGCCUGUGGAUUCGACUCCAGUUGGUCGGUCAAUUGUCGCGGAUCUUCGAGCAGCAAUCCUUCACAAUCCUAAUUACCUGAAUAAGUGUGUUAAGCCACAAAUGUCUACAUACCAUACUACUUAUAACAUUGACCAUUUAAUAAUCAAAGUAUUUGUUUUUCAAUUAACUAAAGUGUGUAUUUUAAGAAGUUAACUUCAUUUAAGAUUAACAUUUCCUUGUGUUUGUAAAAGUUUAUUUUCGGAGAAACUUAUGUUUGUUUUGAUGUUUGAAUUUGUACUCUUUUAUUUAUAACCUAACUUAUACAUGUAUUCUGAUUAAAAAGGUUUUAUGCUUUUUUGUUGCAUUUAUUAAA